AGUCGUUAAGGCUGGAAAAGACCUCGAAGAUCAUCAAGUCCGACCUAAGACCUAAUAACCUCCAUACCCAAGCUCUCCAGAAAGUGCCUGUUGUGCUUAUUGCUGACAAGUCUUUGUUUUAAACACUGCUUCCUCCCACUGAAGAUGAGCCGUUUGCUGACUGAUAAGUCAGAUCCAGCAUAACAUCCAUAACUUUGGGAUACUGACCUCCCAAAUAAUCACAGAGUACCACACCAGGCAGUUUAUUUUAUCCUCAUGGGACUCCUAUUUUCCUUAACAUCCUCUGCUCGCUGUCAGAGCACUGUGCUCCGGCCAUGGAAGUUUUCCUCCUCUUUAUUUAAAUCAAAUUCAAGGGUUGUCCCAACAAAACCACUGUGUGGAUAUGGACUAUAAGGGAAGCUGUUCCAAUGGCCUCAGAAGGGCAGAGUGAGGAUGCAGCACAUCCAGCUGAGCCCCCUGCAGCUCCUGUGCAGAGUGAGAGACCAUUCCAGUGGGGAUCCAUACUCGCUGCAGUGAAAGACCAGCUCCCAUCUCUGGACUCCGAGUCCUCCACAUCUGACUGUGAGAGUGAUGAGGAACUUUUCAUCUUCCAGCGGGAGCUGCCCAACUUAAUUCCUGACCUUUCAGAAGAACUGAUGAUGUUUUCCCUGGAAGACUCCAACGUGCAGCAAAUCCAGGAAACAGAAAGACAACCAUGGGAAAUCUGGAAUGGAGACCUGGAAAGUUUUGGCUUUCAGGAAGAAACAGAUGGUACCCAAAUCUUUGCAAAAGAAGAUGUACAAAUGAUUAAAGAUGAGACUUGCAAUCUUGCCAGGCAGACUGAAGAAAUGCCAAACCAAAAGGGAGCUGUUCUUGAAGAGUCUCUUGCAGAUUCCACAGAUCACCUUGAAGAGAAAGAACUGGGCAGGAGACAGGCCAAGGAUACAGCAUUGUCUGUGGAAGGGCUGUACAGUAAAAAAGAGAGAAAAAAGCUGAUAAAGACAAAGAUACUCUCCAAAACCAUUCUGGAGCCAUCCCCAGGCCACCCUGAGCAGGAUGUCAAACCUCCCUCCUGUGGUAUCAACAACAGUCUAGAAAGAAUUGCAAAGGGAGAGACCUCCUCAGAUGAGCAUCUUGGAGAAGUGACCCAUUUGUCACUGCAGAAUAUUGAGAAAUGGGAUCUAGACAAGAAUCUUGAGGAGCUGGAGCAGCAGAGAGAUAACACUCAUGCAGAAGUUGCUUUCUUCUCAGCAGAUUGUGAGACCUUCAGGAGGAACUGUGAGCUCCUGAAAGAGCUGGAAGAGCUGUGUGCCAGGCAGUCCAGGACAGUGUCUCCUCUCUGCAGGUGGCUGCCAGCCAAGCCCUACUCCUUUCAAGAAGAGCAGGACAAUAAGGAUGUUGCCUUGCCAUCAUCCUGUCUAAGUUCUCUGAGAAGGAACAUUAGAUUACAGAGCCUGCCAGAGCCUGCAACUGUGUACUUAGACUUAAGAGAUGAUGAACCACAGAACUCGGUGACAUUCCUUGAGGAAGAACAAAGUUCAAGUGACAGCUCCACCGAAGAAGAAGAAGAGACUGUGACAAUUAAGGAUGAAGCAGAAAGCAGAAUGAGGAAUUGCUCAGGGAAAAGCCUGUUACUGCAACAACUCCGAGCAGCCCGUAAAGAGACCUCGGAGCUUCUUUGUAAAGCAUCUGCUCCAACUGAGAAACUGGAUCCAGAAAGUCUGGAAGACAGAGGUUCCUCUAACAUAAAUGAAACCCAAUCUUGUAAAGUGAGGCAAGAGACAAAUAAGGUGGUUCCCAGGAAACUAAUGAGAUUGGAACCAGAGAAGAAAAGUCCCCCUUUGUCAAGCUGUGGGGACAAUGAAGCUGACAUAGAAAAAGGAAACAAAAUGGAAGCUGAGAAGGUUCAGAAUUCAGGAAAUGCUCCAGAGUGUCCUCUAAUUACAACGGAAUUGCCAAGGACACAAGAAAGUGAAAGAGAGCUAUCCCAAAAAGAAGAGCAGAUGAAAGAGAGACAGAGGAGACUCAGAUUCCAGGAGCAGCUGGAGGGAUUGCAGCCUCAGCAGUCAGUGUCUGGGAAGCAGCCCAUGGCAGAGAACACCCCUGUUCUGUUCCACAUGGAAGCCUCUUAUUUGCCAGCUAUUGACACAUUGCCUGGCCCACAGAGUGUGAAGAAUGAGGUGCUGCUGCUGACCAUUAGGCUGACAAGCUGUGGCCAAGUGGCCACAGAUCAGUGUGAUGGGCAGGUGCCUGACAAGGUGCUGGGAGCAGCCAACAUCUACCAGGCCCUCGUGACGUGGCUGCUCUCUCUGGUGCCUCCUUUGAAAAGGAACAAUGGCCCCAGAGCUCCGUUUGAGGUGGUGGGGCUGCAGCAGGCCUGGAGGGAGGAAGGCUUGGCCCUCUGUGCUGGUCUGAUCCCAGCAGAUGAGUCUUCAGCCCAGAGCUGCCCCAGGACCCACGAGGCACAAAACACAGAAGAUCUACGAGGACCAUCUGUGUUUUACCAGAAGAUUUCUGCAUUUCUUGCCUCUACAUGGCUUCCAGAUGUUAUUUGGUGGAGGGCAGAACUGGCCAGUUGCUUCCAAAACCAGCCGUGUCCACUUCUUCAUGAUAUUCCCUCUGUCCUGCUCAGUAACGUUGUUGCUGUUAACCCCGACCCUCAGGCAGCAGAGAAGGUGUUUGUGGUGCCAAAUGGAUUUUACUGGCAGACAGUUGAAAGUGGUGACAAAUACUUCCCUGACAGCAGUGCCAUGGAGGCCUGCAGAGAUACAGACACUGAGGUUGCCAUGGUGCUGCUGUUUGAGAGGCUCCUCCGAAGUCCCCUGGCUGCCCAUCACCUGCUGCAGCUGCUGCUCAGCUCUGGCCUGGAUGUCUGUGGCCUCCGCCUGCUCUAUCCCCAGCAGGAUGUGCUGCUCUCCAGCUCAGAAAAGCUGCCUUCUUCCUACACCUCAGAGCUUGGCAACGUGCCACCAGUGCUGGCACUGUGUGUGAGAGGGCCUAGAGCACGUGGCACCUUGCAGGACAUCAUGGGGCCAUCUGACCCAUGGCUGGCCAGAGUGACAGACUGUGGUUCCAUCAAUGCCAUCUACAGCGAGAGCCAAGAGGAGCCUCUCAUGUACCUGCCCUGCCUGGACAGCCACAGGGAGCUGUGCCUCUGGUUUGGAGGAAGGGCUGCUGGGAUCCUGCACCUGCCUUCCAGCUCUCAGGGUCCUUCAUCAGCUGGGACAGAAGCAGAUGAAGAAAAGAUUGAUCUCCAGAGCAUGAUGCUGCCUCGACAUCCAGCCAUGCUUGUCUCAACUACCAAAGGGGACAUCAUUUUGCUGGUGUCGCCUGUGGUGUCUCCUCGUGCCUAUGGAAGGGUGAUGUCUGUCUGUGCUCGUCGGGGGUUUGUCCUGCAAGGCCUCAGGCAGCUGCAGCUCUCACCCCAGCAAGGCCUUGUGCUGAGCAUGACAACAAGGCAGAUUGAUGUUUUUUGCCCUGGAAAGAGUUCAAGCUCACCUGAUAGUCCUGCAAGGGGAGAACUCCCAGCUGAACCACGGGGGCACUGCCUCGUUUUGUUGCUGAGGAAGGAGAAUGCAAGUCAUCACAUUCCUGCCCUGAUGAAAGGGCUGAUGGAUGAGCUGGCAAAGCCAGGCCUUGGCAGUGGGCAGAGCAGCCCCCCUGUGACUGCUGGCCUGGAUGCCUCUGUCUGCUUCCACGUGGCUCCGUACGCCGAGACCUCGCUGCAGGCCCUGGGAGGAAACCUCAGCGCAGUUCCAGAGCCCCACAACAUUCCUCUGGAUUUUUUCUGCCAGCGAACGUACGCUGCUGAUCCCGGGAUGGAGCAAGUUGUGACACUGACAGUGGUUGGAAUGGAGACCAUGAAAAGUGCUGGAGAGCUCCUUCACCAGAUCCUGUUUCCUGGGCUUAACAACCAGUCUCGGAGUGCAGGUGAUCCCAGCUCUUGGGGAGGGCUGGGGAACUUGGUCAGGGAAGUUUAUCCUGGCCAGCUGCUUUUAGCAUAG